AUGGAGGUUCGUGGCCUUCGGAGGAAUCACAGCUACCUCUCUGACCUAUAUCAGAAUGUGCUAUCGGCUGAAGGGCAAGGACAGCGGCAGCAGCCGCCAGCAGUCCCUCCAAACAGCAGCAUUACUCUUCGGGGCAGUGCCCCGGUUAAGGGCGACGCCCAGCAGGAUAAGCAGAUAAGCAGCGGUUCCUCCAGCUGUGAUCCAGCGUUACGGCCCAUCAUACGCCGCCGAGCCCGAUCUUUGCCUACAUCUCCUGAAAGAAGGAAGCGAGCACAAGUUCAGUGUCAAGUUCGUGGAUGCCUGAGUCGUAUGAACCGGGUAAGAUUUGCCGAUGCUUUGGGCUUGGAGCUCACUGAAGUUAAAGUCUUCCAGAGUGGGGAGGAUCCAUCGAUCCCCUUGCAUGUCCUUUCCAGGCUCUCCAUAAACUCGGAUCUCUGGUACAGCAGCUUGUAUUUGGAGUUUACUAUGCAGUGCUUGGUCCCUGACUUCCAGCAGCCUGCAGACUGUGUGGAUUUCUCCUCCCGACUUCAAGAGCAGCAGGUGUGUCUUGAACGAGUGACCAGCUCAGAUCUGGGCAUUAGUGGCACCAUUCAUGUUCACAAUAUUGCUUUUGAGAAGAGGGUGUCUGUGCGAUACACCUUCAACCAGUGGAAAAGCCUCCGUGAACUUUGUGCUCAGUGGCACAGUAGCAUUCCUGAGAAAAACGGACAGAAUCAGGUUGAUGUUUUCACUUUCUUUCUCCCUGUGCCUCCUUUCCUCCUCCAGCUGUGCUCUGUGGUCCAGUUUGCAGCAAGGUACCAAGUCAAUGGCCAGGAGUACUGGGAUAACAACAGAGGCAAAAACUACAGUCUUACCUGCCAGACUCACCCCCUUAAGAUGCCUAGAGAAUGUGAGGAGAGCUGGAUCCACUUCAUCUGA